AUGGCACAUAACUACAUCAUCCGCGUCACCGCGGGCACUACGCGCGACGUGACAGAGCACAAGCUCGUCGCCGUCAACACGGCAGAACCUCUCAAGAUUGAGAGCGAUCUGAUCGAGGCCCGGGUCAACGUACGCGUCAAAAACUACCACGGCCUACCGCGCAACUCCCCCGUCGACUCGCCGUACUUUGCCGCGGAGCCGCACGCCUAUAACGAUGACCAGUACAGUAUCGCCCUCAACUUCAAGCUCAAGCAGCCGCCCGAGGGCAAGGUCGGCGCGAAGGAGGCGGACGCCAAGGAGAACGACGACGAAGCCGCGCCCACGGACGACGAGGACCGAGAUCUGGGAGUCAAGGGCGGUGACCUGCAGUGGGGAAACGACUUUGACCAUCCGAUCCGCGACCGGCUGCCACCCGGGUUCAAUACUGCUCUCAACAUUGUGAGAUGGUGGAUUGAUCCGGGAUUGGAGGGCGAUGCCUAUGCCGACUCCCCGUACCUGUAUGGUCCGGCACUGAGCUCCUUCAACCAGGUGCGCGUCGGCCCUCCAUCCAGCGACCGCGUCCCUAAAGGCAAGGGUGCCGAGGCCGAAGGCAAAGAGGUUGGCCUCUGGAUCGAGGAGGGUGCCGAUGACGAGGCCGGCUUUGAGAGCCGCAGGUCUACAGGCGCCCCCGAUGAUGCAAAGGCUAGGAUGAAGUGGGCACUGAAGGCGGAUAGCAAGGAGAAAUGGGUUUGGGAGUACGGCAGGGAAUACUCGACCGACUUUUUCAACCCAUACAUCGACUUCAAGGAGUUUGCAUUGAGGCUACCGGGAUUCCAUUUGCCCAUCAUGAAGUACUGGGAUGGUCAGGGCGCGCGGCCCCCCAAGCGCUCACACACGCUUAGAUACGUUCUCCGGAACCGCAAGACGGGUGAUCUGUAUCUGGCAGUCACUUUCAGUCUGUACCUCAAGGAGGACGUCAACGAGGACGGCUCGCUCAAGCCAGGAACCAUCGAGGCGCAGAAGAAGGACAGCAGAGCGAGGAAGGCUCCGACACACGAGGACGAUCACGGAAAGCACGACGAUAACGAGCCACAUGACGAUGACAAAUCUAUCGAGGAGGCAAGGAAAAAGUUGGGAGACGUCAAGGUCAAUGAUGCUAGUCGCCCAGAUGAUGUGGAUUGA